CUCUUUUGUCUGUUCCUCCUCCGUCUCUGCUGCAGACUAUCUGGCGAUAACAACGACGGCGACAAGGAUAAAGACAGCCACAAUCGACUAGGGGGGCAAUCGCUAUCUUGCUUGUCCUUUCUGUUGCUGUUUCUCAGGCAGUUCAUCCCGAUCUCAAGUCUCCACUCUUUUUUUCUUCAUUUUUUUAAUCUUUAAUUUUUUUCUUCGGUCUUCCCCUCGCUUCAUAUUGCCCCUCACAUAUCCAAAACAUCAGGGCUUGCUCCGCCACCUGAAGCAAUUCACCCCAUUGUUCAAGGCAUUUAACCAUGGGGAUCGUUAGGAAUAUAAACCUCAAAGUAGCCGCUAGCCCUGUCGGCCGCUGGUUUCGGCUUGAUGGCUCCGGUCACCGCAAACAGCGGAAGGGCUCCGACUUCUUCACCGAGGUGCGGGCUGGUCUCGCGACCUUCUUCGCCAUGGCUUACAUCAUCGCUGUCAAUGCCUCUAUCGUCGCCGAUACGGGCGGCACCUGCGUCUGUAACGGACCUGCAGACGACCCUCUGUGCAAGUCCAACGAGGAGUAUCUUAUGUGCGCUCAAGCCAUCAAGCGUGAUGUUGUGACGGCUACAGCGGCUAUUGCCGCACUGGCCAGCUUCUGCAUGGGGCUGUUUGCGAAUCUUCCGGUCGCCUUGGCCCCUGGAAUGGGUCUCAAUGCUUACUUCGCCUACACUGUCGUUGGUGUUCAUGGAGGCGGUCCAAUCCCCUACCGAGUUGCCCUCACGGCCAUCUUCGUCGAAGGGUUCAUUUUCUUCGGCCUCGCCCUGUUCGGGAUGCGCCAGUGGCUCGCUCGGGCGAUCCCCCGCUCCAUCAAGCUCGCCACCAGCGUCGGCAUCGGCCUAUUCCUCACCUUGAUCGGCCUGACCUACAGCGAAGGCAUCGCCCUCGUCGUUGGCGCCACCGCGACCCCGAUGGAGCUCGCCGGGUGCUCACCGGGGAACAGGCUCGAGGACGGGACGUGCCCAAGCUGGGACAAGAUGCGAUACCCGUCCAUGUGGAUCGGCAUCUUCUGCGGCGGCAUCUUCACCGUCAUCCUGAUGAUGUACCGCGUCAAGGGCGCCAUCAUCGCCGGAAUCGUCCUCGUCAGCAUCAUCUCCUGGCCCCGGACCACCCCCGUCACCUACUUUCCCUACACGACGCUCGGCGACGACGCCUUUAACUUCUUCAAGAAGGUCGUCGACUUCCACCGCAUCGAGCACAUCCUCAACGUCCAGGAGUGGAACAUCUCGGGCUACGGCGGCCAGUUCGGCCUCGCGCUCGUCACCUUCCUGUACGUCGACAUCCUCGACUGCACCGGCACGCUCUACGGGAUGGCCCGCUUCGCCAACCUCAUCGACCCCGUCACUCAGGACUUCGAGGGCUCCUCGGUGGCCUACAUGGUCGACGCGCUGAGCAUCUCCGUGGGCGCGGUCCUCGGCGUGCCCCCCGUGACCGCCUUCGUCGAGUCCGGCGCCGGCAUCUCGGAGGGCGGCAAGACGGGCCUGACGUCCAUGGUGGCGGGCCUAUGCUUCUUCAUCUCCAUCUUCUUCGCGCCCAUCUUCGCCUCCAUCCCGCCCUGGGCCACGGGCUGCGUCCUGAUCCUCGUCGGCGCCAUGAUGGUCCGCUCCGUGACCGAGAUCAACUGGCGCUACAUGGGCGACGCCGUCCCGGCCUUCCUGACCAUCUGCCUCAUGCCCUUCACCUACUCCAUCGCCAACGGCCUCAUCGGCGGCAUCUGCUCGUACGCGCUGCUCAACGGCGUCGUCUGGGCCAUCAAGGUCGUGUCGCGCGGCCGCGUCGUCCCGCCCAACUAUGACGAGCGCGACGGCUGGUCGUACCGCAUCCCCGGCGGCUUCUUCCCGCCUUGGAUCGUCCGCCUGUUUGCUGGGAAGAAGGCCUUCUGGCGCGAGGACGAGCCCGCGGUCGUGGAGGAGGUGCCUGAGCAGGAGGCCGCGGCGUUGGGGGCGGGGGUCGGCGAGGAUUACCCUGGGUCUGAUGCCGAGAAGAAACACAAUGGCGUGGUGCCCGAGAAGGAGGCUUGAAGUCGCUGAGGUCAAGUGUCUCCUCUGGUCAUGACUUUGAUAUGUGUUGAAUGUUUAUGCGUUCCGUGUUGAUGUUUCGAGUUUUCUUGUAGAGUUUCUAAAUCGCUUUAGCUUUUGCAUGACAAUAAAUAAUCCGAAGAGAUAAUAAUUUUCAGCGUUGGCAUGAACGAAG